CAGCAGUAGUGCCCUGUUACAGCAGUAGUGCUCUGUUACAGAGCUAACUCACCAGCUGGACGAUGAUUUGAUGCGUUUCUUCGAGCGGUGCCGUGGUUACGUGGAGGGCGUGGAGAAGAACCUCACGGCUCUGAUGGAGGUCGAGAAGUUCAAACACGGAGAAGAGAUGAAGACUGUGAGGAGGAAGGUGGAGGAGAGACUAGGUCUUCAUCAGGACGCUCUCACACCAGAUCUGGUUGAAGCUGCCUUUUUCUUGUGUUCCUACGAGCUCUCCAUCAAAUCUCUUCACUCUUCGUGGUGUUUCCUGUUUGAUGAAGACGAUGCAAAGGUGUUGGAGUAUAAGUCUGACCUGAAGCAGUACUGGAUGCGUUUUCAUGGUCAUGUGAUCAACAGUCUGUCCAGCUGUCCUCUGUUCCAUCACGUAUUCAGGACUCUGGACAGAGCUGGACGUCCCCGCAGGUCCACCGAUGCUCCUCCUGAGCCGGCCUCCAUCCUGAUUGGUCACGCCGAGACGCUCCUCCCCCUCCUCUCCCUGCUGGGACUCUACAAGGAUGAGACUCCGCCCACCGCUGACAACUACCACUCACAGCAUGGCAGAAGCUUCCGGUCCGGUCUCAUCGUCCCGUACGCCGCCAACCUGCUCUUCGUCCUGUACGACUGCCAGCGAGGCCCACGGCUGCAGCUGCUCGUCAACGAGUCGCCGGUUCGAUUCCCGGGUCUGGAGACGGAGGACGCGCCGCUGUACCGGGACGUCCGGGCCGUGUACCGCCACCUGCUGGACGGCUGCGACUUCCACAGGGAAUGCGAGGGGACGAGCGGCGGCCGGGGACCAAACAUUGAACUCUGAGGCGGCAGGUAGAGACGGUGAAGACACGAGGCCUUAAUCAAUACAUCGGUUUACUGAAACUAGUGUACAUGUACACGUACGCAGUACUCACAGCUCAGCGCCUCCUGCUGGGGAGAAACUGAACAGAAGCUUUUUAAUGUUCAGUAACAACAGAUUCAUGAAUCCGUCUGCUUUAAUAUCACGUUAUGAGUUCUUCUUCAAAUACCAAAAAGGGUAAAAAAGGUAAAAAACUGAUCUUUUGCAUCAAAGCUGUUUCGCCGCGUCGACCUCAGCAAGCCCCGCCCCUUCCCUGUGUCAACCAAUGACAUGUGAGCAGUAGUGAUCGGAGAGAGAGACAGUCAAUGUCUGAUCGUUUAAAAGAUAUUUUCAGUUCGUUGUAGCUUCAUUUAGUUUAGUGUUGAACUUCGUCUCGUCACUGUGAACGUAGCUAUGUUAGCUAGCGAGCUAACGUCACUACGUUCACAGUGACAUCACGUUUUCUUGUUUAGUCAGCGACAAACAUCGUAUCUUCAGAGAGAGCGUGAUGUCGUCUGUCUAAAGAUGUAUGUUUUACGAUGAACUGACACUUUCUUGAACGUAAAAUGAUCUUUUAAAUGUUCAAACAUCAACAUUUGUUCCCAAUUCAAACGGGAUCAAACUUUAUUCGUCUCCGUUGACGAGCGUCCACAUUUCUUCUGGAUUAAGGUCCCAAAGUCGUCCACUGAGAUGCUUUUAAAAGUUUUAAAAAUAUUUUGUUUCUAAUUUUUCAAUCUCAUAAACCUGCAGUUUCUUCUUCACGUUUUCACAUCUGGAGUCAAACACAGAAAUACGAUUCAAUAAGCAUUUAAUGAAUUAUAUUAAUUAUAAAAACACUAUUUUAAAUGUUAUUUCAUCAUUUCUUAUUUGUUUCUGUGAUGAUUCAUUAAUAACUUGAGGAUAAAAGAGCGUCACAGAUAUUAAUGAUCUUCUUCUUUUGGGUCUUUUAUUUUGGUGAAGUGACCAUUUAAUGUUUAAGUCAGUUCAGAAAAUGAUGUUUUUUGUUGGUGACACUUCAGGGUUCAUCUGUUUUUAUUCUGUAUUUAUUGAAAUGAUCAUGUGAUCCUUUUUAUUUAAAGCUGCAGUUCCUCUAACGGACACCAGAGGCUGCUGUGAUCAACCGACUGUGUGGAAGUUUUUCACAAUAAGAGUCCCGUUGAGGAGAUAAUGAGGCACUUUGUGUCUUCAGGGAGAAUCGUUUUCUGUCAUUGUUUCUAAAUGAGUUAAAAGUUCAAAUGGAGGCUCAGCUUUUUAAAGGGCCGUCAGGUUUCACUCUUUGACUUCCUGUUACUGCAGAACGAUACCAAAUGUUUUCACUGAAAAGCUUUAAUAAACGUUUUCACUCGUGAAGAAGAACAA